AUAUUUCCAUGCACAUAUGUUCGACGAAACAACUCGACUUACUGAUAGAGUGAAGUUAGAAGGAGAUGGAAUCCAAGAAUUCAUCAACUGCCCUUUUCCUCUUUGUCAACCUUCUAUUCUUCGCCCUAGUAAGUGGGUGCAACAGCUGUGUUCAAACAAAGCCCAUCCCAAACCCUACCCCUACCCCUAACCUAAACUCCGCAAAGAAAAGCUGCCCAAGGGAUACCCUAAAGCUAGGUGUCUGUGCUAAGUUGCUCAAUGGUCCCGUUGGUGCAGUUAUUAGAAACCCACCGGACACACCUUGUUGCUCAGUACUUCAAGGCCUCGUUGAUCUUGAAGCAGCAGUUUGCCUUUGUACUGCAAUUAAAGCUAACAUUCUUAUCAUUAACAUUAAUAUUCUCAUCUCUUUGAGUUUGCUUAUCAACACUUGUGGGAAGCAGCUCCCAUCUGACUUUGUUUGUGCCUAA